AUGGCAAAAUCAACUCGAUCAAAAGUAAAGCGCUCGUUCAGAGCAAAAAAACGCGAUGAAGGUGUAUACGCAGCAACUGAGGCUGCACGUCUGCAGAGACUCAAUUCAAAAUUGAUGGCGAAAAUUGAUCAUGGAGAUGAGGAAUUAGCAGAACCGGUGGAUGGUGAUACUGCGCAAGAUACCAUGGAACUCGACGAUUCCGCAAAAUCAUCAACUACAAAACCAUCGCGCGUCUCAACUCACGGUUCAAGGAACUCGCGAAGGGAGGAGUGGAGAAAGUCAAAAGGCAUGACGCCUGUACUGAAGUUGACGAGAAUGAACCGCCAGGGACUACCAGCAGCGCGGCGGAGGUCUGGGCGCCCGUCACGUCGGCGAUGA